AUCGUCGAUCAUUUUGGGCGGAAGUGGUUCGCAUGCGCUUCUGGCUGCAAGAAAACCUAUAUUAGCUAGCAGCGCUAUGGCGGGUGAGGAUGAGGAGUUGGUCCAGUCGAGGAAAAGUAGAACUCUGAUCAUCCGCCAUCUUCCUGCUGACCUGUCCAGGGAUGAGAAGCAGGAUCUACUCAAGUACUUUGGUGCCGUGGGAGUCAGAGUGUUCUCUGAUAAAGGAGUACUGAGACACACAGCCUUUGCAACAUUUGCGAGUGAAAAGUCUGCAGCAAAGGCUCUGAGCAGGCUUCACCAGCUACAGAUCCUCAACCAUACCCUGGUGGUGGAGUUUGCCAAAGACCAGGAACAUGUUACAGUGCUGAAAGACCCACCUGUGUCAGACAGUGCAACAGAUGGCAAAGAUGUGAAGAAGAAAAAGGAAGUGACACAACCGAGUAUACCACUAAUAGAGACUGGCACUGCACCCAAACUCGGGUUGAAAUUUCAAUCAAAUCCCAGUCUGAAAUAUUUAUAUCCACCUCCUUCGAAUGGGAUCCUGACAAACAUAACACAUGCCCUUCUGAGCGUACCAAACUUUUACGUUCAGGUCCUUCACCUGAUGAACAAGAUGAACCUACCGUCUCCGUUCGGCCCCAUCACAGCAAGACCUCCGAUGUAUGAGAUGCAUCCUGCCCCUCCUCCACCAAUGCCGCCCCCCUAUCCUCCCCAAUACCCCCCCUUACCAGCAGAUGAGAUGGACCUCUCCAGCCAGGAGGGGUCUGAGUAUGAGAGUGGAGAUGACGAGGACAAAGAGAGGAUGAUUCGCCUGAUGGGUCUGGUCAACCAAGCAUGCAAGAGACCUCUGAGAACUAAAGUGUCCUCCAAGAGAAAGAAACCCAAGUUCAAGGACCUUCUCUUUGUCCCCAAGCCCGACUCUCAGAGUGCUCCAGGGCCCAUCUUGCAGCCAUCAGAUGUGUUUGAGCAGCCCCAGCCCUGCGGACAGAAGAAGAUUGAGUUCCACAUUUCAGCAGACAUGUCAGCCAUACUGGAAGGAGGAGGAGGCAACUCCACCCAGCAACAGGAGCCCACUGAGGAGGCUGAAGUAGCAGCUGAGGAGAUGCAGGCCACCACCACUACAGAGGAGGAUCCAGGGGAGGGCUUUGGGAAGAUCUACCCUGCCGCCCAGGCCUCCCAACUGGAGGAGGACAGUGAUGAGGACGAGGAUGUCCCCAAUGAUGUCAUCUCCAGGAAGGAACUGGAUAAGGGACGGCUGUCCAGAGACGAGAUAAAAAGGAUGUCUGUGUAUAAAAAUUAUGAACCUGGAGAGCCGACCAGCAGACUUUACGUGAAGAACAUCGCCAAGUCAGUGGAAGAGAAAGAUCUGAAAUACAUCUAUGGGCGAUACAUCGACGUUUCAUCUGAGGCAGAGAGAAAUAUGUUUGACAUAGUGCUGAUGAAGGAGGGUCGUAUGAAGGGCCAGGCAUUCGUUGGUCUCCCAAGUGAGAGGAGUGCAGAGAAGGCCCUGAGAGACACCAACGGUUACGUCCUCUAUGACAAGCCCCUCGUCGUCUCGUUUGCCAGGUCUGCCAGACCUAAAGCGGACACCCCGGACCCCAAGAAAGGACCCAAACGAACCCGAUGAACAGGUGAUGGAAUCCUCUGCAAACUGAAGACAACACGUUAGGAAUAUAAUUUCUUCAGUUUUUUUUUUUUUUAAAUAAAAUAUUUUUUAUAUAUAUUGUCUGUCUAUAAAUACCUACUAGUCCACUGUAAGGUCUUUUUUUGUUUAAUAGUUUUUUUUAUGGUACAUGUUACAUAAUCACACAAUGUCAAAUUUGCCUAAUUAGAAAAUAUAAAUAUGAAUUUACACAAUUUUGUAUCAUUGGUGAACUAUCUGUAGGAUCACAGGAGUUUUUAACCUCAGAGAAAGUGAGAACUGAACAGGAAAGAGAGAGUAGGUAAAUAUAGACAGUGAAAGCAAUUUGAAAUCUGAAUUGGCUGUGAGCUGCAGCAACAGAUGGUGGUGUCAACGCUGUAGACUAGAGUAACACACUCCUGACGAGACAAACAAACACGGACUGUGAGAGAUGCUGGUAGGCAGGGACUGAGUCCGUAAACUUGGCUGUACCCUGCUGGCUGUACUCUGGAUUCGUGAUGAUUGCUAGAUUUUAUUGGGGAUGGGGCAAAGUGCACACUGGAGGAAGGUGAGCAGUGCAAUUAAAACAGACAUUGUUUUUUAUUAAAGUCACGUUUCUUGUA